GACGUAAAACUUGGCGAAAGUUCGUUUGGUGUUGUAUACAAAGGAAGUUUUAGAGGAAAUGUAGUUGCAAUCAAAAAGAUGAAAACUGUUUUAGAUGAUGAAAGAUUAAUGGGUGAAUUUGAAAAUGAAGUGUCAAUGCUUGACAAGUUUAGGUGUGAGUAUAUUGUCCAUUUUUAUGGAGCUGUGUUUAUUCCAAAUAAGGCGUGUAUGGUCAUUGAAUUUGCACAAUACGGCAGUUUGCAAGACUUAAUGAAACACAAAACAAUGAUGCAGCAUAAGGAAUUUCGUAUCUUCAUGAUAAUGGGAUAUUACACAGAGACAUUAAACCAGAUAACAUUCUUGUGUGUUGGAACACCAGUAUAUAUGGCACCUGAGGUGUUGAACAAAAAGAAGUACACAAAAAGCGCAGAUGUGUUUUCCUUUUCUAUAUCUUUGUUUGAAUGUGCUAUAUGGAAAGACCCAUAUUUGGAUAAACAAUUUAAAUUUGCAUGGGAUAUAGUCGACUUUGUUGUGAGCGGAAAACGCCUAAAAAGGCCGUCUUACUUGAACGAAGACAUAUACAACAUUGUGGACGAUAUGUGGUGUCAAGACGUACACAAAAGAAUAAACGUGAGAGAUGUAAUAUUGAAACUAGAAAGCAUUAACAUUUAA